CGAAACUGCAAUUGCUCUUCUGUUGGGAGUGCGACAGAGAUAGUUCCGUUGAACUCCGUGAGAGCAAAGCGAGAAAAAUAUGGUCUCGACUGUUAAUAAGUUCUAGUAUUAAAAAAAAAAAGAUGCAAGAUGCACAGCAAAACACUAAAACUAACAACAUGUCUUCUCCUGGGUUUAGUUUCAAUAAUCGGUGACAAACUAGUGUCUUAUAAUAACAAUAAUCAUUUUUUAAAAGCAGUUAUUGACAAUGCGACUCACGGGAUUGUUGCGGGGCUAUCUUGGACACUGAUAGUUCUUCUGCAGAACGAGCCAAUCGCGAAAAACCUCCCAAGUAUUUUAUUUUGUAUCUUCUUGUCUUCUUUGAUUGACGUCGACCAUUUUGUAGAGGCCAAGAGUUUUAAUAUCAAAGACGCAACAAAUUUGGACCAUCGGCCAUUUUUUCACUGUACAACUCUCCCGAUAAUAAUUUGGGCGGUUUUAUUGGUAGUUUCUAAAUUAGCCAGCGAGAAUUUGUAUAACCUCAAUUACUGCGCCUGGAUUUUGCUGACCAGUUUCCUGAGCCACCACAUUCGGGACGCCACCAGAAGAGGGCUCUGGGUUCCGCCUUUUGGGUCUACCGGCAAGAUCCCGUACUAUUUUUACGUACUUUUGACAAUGUUGUUCCCUUAUUUUGUGUAUUUAUCAAUGGAAAAAUACCAAAAGAUCAUUCCUAGUGUUGAUAAUGUUUAAAAAUAUUUUUUAUAAAUAUUAUUUUGAUUAA